GCUCAAGAUCCACACUAGCUGCAAAUCCUGUGCUGCUAGACUUUUUUCUUUUUGCAAUUCUUUGUUUCCAUUGCUAUGGUACUUGUAGCUGGUUCGUGUGGAUGUCCGUCUGUUUCUGAGGGAUUCAGAUUCGUAUGUGCAUUAGCGUGAAGAUCAUGAAGAAGCUAAAGAUCUAGAUCCAUGGACAUACAUAGUGCCGUUUUUUUUUUUCGAGCUAACAACGAGCGCCUUCGGAACGAGCGGAACUGAUUCUUCUAUUUGCAAUUUCUGUCUUGUCUUGUUUUAUUUCAUUUUCGUUCUGAACUAGAAUCCAGGAUGUAGGCGGGAUUGGACCAGGAGCUUGCAGUUGUACGGGUUCAAAUGGACUGCACUCCGAAUGAAUCAAUUACUAGAUUUUAUUUAUGAUUUGAGAUUGACUACUGACACUGCAUUGGAACAAAACCCCGAAGGUGAGACUAUUAUCUGAGAACUUCUCUGUUUUGUCCUUACUCCAAAUUCGUAAAAUUCUCUUCCAAAUUUCGUCACAAAAAUGUCCGCGUCAUCAUCUUCGUCAACAGCAGCUCCUUCAAGCUCCGGUCGUGUAAAUUUUGGAGACCUCAUGUUACAGAAAGCAGGACGUGGAGACAAGCUGAGCUACGCGGAAUGGACCAAGCAAAUGAAACAACAGCACGACGAAUCCUUUCGCCUGCGGGUGCUUGCGUCGAUGGUAUAUCUCGGUGGUAGAGUCUCAGUCUGUGACUGUGAGCCCUUUGCGGUUGCUUCCUUUUGUGUGCUAAUUUUUUAAUAGGGCUUCACUUCUAUCGUCUCUGUUGUGUUUGUUUCCAUUUCAUUCGCCGUUUUCCAUGUUGCUGCAACCAGGUAUCCGCCUGGACGCAGGCCAUCCGCAGAAUUACGCCCGGAAAUUGUCUUCCCGCGCUCCCAAUCGAAGUCCUCAGGAUUAUCCUGAGCUUUGUCGGGUCCGUCAUGCCACCUCCUGCGAUCCCCAGUCGGGAUGAAGUUGAGAAGUUGUGUCACGAAAAGCGUGCGGAGGAAUACGGAAAAGUGGCGAAGUACUACGCGGAUUUAGCGAAGGCCGCAGCGCUGCAGGGAAAAAGCCGCCUCCUCAUCACCAAAGAAGUUGCGAAUGCCGCGCCGAGAAUCUUCGCCGGAGACGACGAGGACGGCGGCAGAAGUGCCGGGCGCUUAGGUGUCUUUGGUAUCUUGAAUCUGCGCUAUGGUUAUGAAGUGCGCGACAGUGAUGGCGACCCCAUUGAAAAGGCUCAUCUCUUCAUGGAAGACAGCGACGGCUUUCCAUACUCCUUGGAGUGGACCGAGAGCAAGCGCAACAAGGCCGACCCGAAGCCGCUCGUCGAGGCUUUUCGCCGGAUGGAGGAGCGGAACUAG